AUGAAUGAAAACUUCAGCGGGCGCUACCAUGGGUCCUCGCCCUUAGAACUGCGACUUGUUCUUUUGGGGAACCUUGGAUGUGGAAAGACAUCAUCAGCAGACACUAUCCUCGGCCAGCUGGCCCCCAUCUCACCCAUUGCCUCCAGGAGCUGCCAGCUGCGACAGGGCUUCUCUGAGGGCAGGAAUGUGACUCUGGUGGAGGCGCCGAGAUGGUACUGGAACGGCGGCAAGAUGGAGGACAGUGUCAGGAAGGAGACAGAGCGAGCAAUGAAUCUAGCAGCACCAGGUCCACAUGGUAUUUUGCUGCUGGUGCCAGUUAGCCAGUUCACAGAGAUGGAGAGUUGUGUGCCUGCAAUGCUGGAGGAGGUGUUUGGGGAGGAGUCACUGGAUCACACCCUGGUGCUGCUUACCUGUGGGGACUACUUGAUGGGGAGAACAGUGGAGGAAUACCUGCAGAAAGAACACCCAGGGCUGAGGCAGAUAAUCGAGCGCUGUGGGGGGAGGUGCCAUGUCAUCAAUAAUCGUCAGCGACAGGACAGGGAGCAGGUCCGUGAGCUGCUGGAGAAGGUGGACAAUAUGGUGCAGCAAAAUGGGGUAUACCACAUGAAAACAGUCCAGGAGAGAGAGCUGGAGAAACGAGUGAAAGAGAGAAAAAAAGAACUUCUGGAAAGUUACAGAGCUCAAAAGGAAGAAAGAAGAGAGACGGUCGCAUCAACGCGCAUCACGAACACAGAAACACAGAGGAGUAUUGAUAGAGGAGGGGAGUACAGCAUCGCCUUGGAGAGGAGAAGGAGACAAGAGAGGGAUGAGAUGGACGGAAGAGUGGGUGUAAGUCAAGGGCUUCAUUCAACUCCAGUACCAGAGCGAAAGUCAUAUUCUGAGCUGGACGAUGACAGGCAGGUGAAGAGGACACCCAGUUUCAAACUGAAUGCAGAUGGAGCUAUGCUCUCACAAAUGUCUGAGGUUAAAUCAACUCCAAAAAUGACCACUACUUUUCAUAACAGAAUCAACAGCUUAGAAGAGAGUUUUCCUGAGGCGUUUCCUACUGCUUCUCCUCCUUCGCCUGUCUUCUCCCCCUCCCCCUCCUCCCCAACCUUGCCUGCCUCUCCUUCCUCACUCCCCUUAUCCUCCUCCCCCUCCUCAUCACUGCGUCUGGUGCUGCUUGGGCGAUCUGGAGCAGGGAAGAGUGCAGCUGGCAACAACAUCCUGGGGCGGGAGGAGUUUAAGUCGCACCCGGACAGCCUCAUAGCCAUCACUCAGGAUUGUGAGAAAAAGAAAGCACUGGUUGAAGGAAGAAGGGUGGCAGUGGUGGAUACCCCAGACUGGUUCUAUUCAGAGCAUACUCCAGAUGAGGUGCGAGCUCAGAUCUCCUCCUGUGUUGCUUUGUCCAGUCCUGGUCCCCACGCCUUCCUCCUGUGCGUCCCCUUAGACCAGCCUGCAAAGACUGAGCUCCAGGCACUCAGGGCCCUCGAAACUGUGUUUGGCCCAGAAGCAGUCCAGAAACACACUCUGGUCCUCUUUACCUACGCAGAUCGACUGAGGGCAAGUGGGAAGGCAGGAAACAAGAGCGUGGAGGCAUACAUUGCCAGUCAGGGGGGGGAUUUGUUAAACCUGGUUGAGAAAUGUCGGGACAGGUUUCAUGUUAUGGAGAAUGGAGAAGGUGGGAGGGAGAGGGGGAAUGUGGCGGAGCUGCUAGAGAAGGUGGAGCAGACAGUGAAGGAGGCUGGAGGACAGUGUUAUUCUUGUCCUGCUUUUCAGGAGGCAGAGAACCGAGUGAGGCAGAAACAGGUAGAGAUAGCAAGGGAGAAAAGAGGCAAAAAGCUAGAGCAAGAAAAACUAGGAGACAAUGGACAACUAAGCUCUGAGAGGCUUGUAUUCUAUCCCUACAUGCAGCCUGUGGCUGAGAUGGAAGAGGAAGUGAGAGAAGAUGAGAUUGAGAAAACGAGGGAUGAGGCAGAGAUGAGUGUAAGAACCAUGAAUAUCGAGAGCCUUCCUCCUGUUACGCUUUCGAGCUUGUCCCCGUCACUCCUUAAUUCCAUUUUGGAGAAAAUGGAGUCUAGUGCAAAAAUGUUACCCAAACUGUUGGCAGAUAGCUCUGUGUGGGUCAGUGAGGGAGCAAAGAAGGUGAAAAGUAGUCCAGUGUGGGGGACAGUUGGCAGCGGAGCACAAAACGUCCAGAAGAUGGUGGUUGAUAGUUCCGUGUGGGGGAAGGUGGGAGCUAGUGCCGGACAUGUGUCCAAACUAGUAGGAGAUAGAGUGCCCAAGGUGGUGGCGGAUGGUUCUGCAUGGGUGGGAUCUGGAGCAAAAGCAGCAUCAGCAAGUCCCAUGUGGGAAAAAGUUGGUUCAGGGGCCAAACUAAUGGCAGAAAGAUCCAUGCAUGUCGGGGCUGGGAUCGGAGCCGGGGCAAAGAAUUUGGCGCAGAGUCCUAUGUGGGGAAAAGUCGGAUCUGGGGCCAAAACUGGAGCUAAACUGGUGGCUGACAGUUAUAUGCGAGUUGGAGCUGGAAUCGGUGCCAGUGCAAAGAAGGUGGCACAGAGUCCGGUGUGGGAGAAGGUGGGUUCUGGGGCCAAAGCAGGGGCCAAAAUGGUGUCUGAGAGCUCAGUGUGGGAGAAAAUGGGGACUACUGCUAAUCAGGUGCCCAAGGUAGUCAUCGGGGGUGCGUUGCUGGGUCUCCUGCUUGGUGUGUUUUUGGGGGGUGUCAUUGGCGGAGCUGCCGGUGCAGCAGCUGGAUCGGUGUUAACUGAAGUGGGCAGACGAAAACUCAGCAACAGAAACAUGUUAGAAAAGACAGAUGAAGCUGCAAAAAAAGUGGAGAGAACCGUGAACGACAGUGUGGACUCAAUGGUAAAACAAGGAGUGAAAGUACUGAAAACUGAAUGAACAACUGAAUGGAGCAUGCUUAUAAAGGUAGAUAACAAAUGUAAAAACAUGACUUUUGCAGUGAGUUAGUACCAUCAGAAUAUGUAAUUCAAAAACAGUGCCAAAUCUUUUUUGACUCUUAUUUUGAAAACUUGGUGAUCUUAGAAAAAGACACUUUUCUGUGAGCCUUUCUUUGUUUCUUUCUUUCUUCACAGAAAUGCAGAAAAGGGUUCUUUGAAAAUACUAAUAUCAAAUUGGAUAAACUAUUUUAGAAACAAGCCGUUGAGGUGAUUCUAAUCAUUCAGUUUUAUCCCAGUAUUCUCAUUAGUUUCAUUCCACUAGUUAAUGGAGGAGGAUGUUUGUGACUUUUUAAAAAGGGUGAAUAUCACCUACACUAAAUAAAGCUGAUAUUUGGGCCGUCCUAGCAAUAUAUAUAUGAAAAUAAAUUUCUAGAUUUUGGCAAAAACGAACUCGUAUUAACUUGGCUACAUAGGUUUGCUAGGGCACAUGAAAAGUAUUUAGUUGCUUAUAAACAGUUUUUAAGGUGUGUCAAAUUCUCUAAGAAAAAAGUAAUGCAAUUCUUAAUUUUGCCAAGUCUUUAACCGGCAAUGUAUUAUUUCCCACCCAUCACUAAGUGUAUACAGUAAAGUUUUAUAAGUCUUUCAGCAAGUUAUAUGAUACGCAUGCUGUACCGUACAUCAGUCACUCAGCACUUUCACGUAAUAGUUUAAUCUUCCUCAAUACUUAAUUAAAAAAACAUUCAUUAUGAAAUUAUUGCUCUUAUGUCUGUAUUGAGUGUUGUUGUUUUCAAACUUUAAACCAAGAGGUCUCAAGAAUGUUGUUGCAAGUAUGAUCUGUUUUACAAAAACUUAAUAUUGUUAUUAUAUAUUAAAAUAUUCUCACU